AUUGUCGGUAAAUAGGGGCAAGGAAGGUAGCGCAUGGGCAGCCAGUGAGGAAUUAUUCCACAUCGCAUCACAUGCCUUACAUGGCGUCCUUAUAUUUAACGAAACGAUGCAUUUGCUCAAAUUUACUGAAUUGAGAAUAACAGUCAUUUUCGAAUUCUGGUAACCUUCUCAGUUAGGUCGCAUGGGAGGUGGGAUUUUAUAUAGCCUCCUUACAUUGCAAGUUCGCGGAAACGUUAUGGGUUUCGGCUCCUAUGAAUCCUGGCCAAUUCCUGCAAAUAUUGCCAUCAGCGCAAAUAUUUAUUUGCAUCCUUAACGUUUUCGGCAUGUAGGACUGUAUGUAUGAGGGAACGACCCGGAAAAGCAAUGGGAAGAUAUGCAUAUUUUAAUACAUGCUUGUCGAGAUGGAUACAUCAAUGAGAUGACCUGGGAACUCAACAUCAGACCAAAAUCACUAGAUGACUAAGGACCUUAUUCCAACCGUGUGCAGCCACACCUCAUUCAAACACUACUUCAAACACUACUACCUGAGCCAAUGUAGAACCUGCCCCUUCAGAAUUCCAUGACUUUUUUCCUUGCCUGGAUUUCAGCACAAAGUAAAAUCUACCAGGACAGAGUAUGCCAUCUGCACCUUUCCACAGAAUUCUACGACCCCUUCUAGUUGGCACCUUCCUACUGGGCUGUUUUGUGACUCUGUUUUUGAUGUACUUUAAACCGUCUACUAGCUGGCUAUCAGGUCCCGUAGAGUCAACAGCAUCCACAAUCCGAGUUAAAAACCUCUUCUCCGCCAAGAGUGACAAAAACCUGACCACUGUACUCGUCUGGCUCUGGCCCUUUGGACAGACCUAUGACCUGGGUGUCUGCAGCUCUCUAUUCAACAUUGAAGGCUGUUUCAUCACAGCAGAUCGGAACCUAUAUAAUAAGUCAGAUGGUGUUGUCAUACAUCACAGGGAUAUCUGUACUGAUCUCUCCAACCUGCCCCCCCUUCAGCGUCCCUCCUUCCAAAAGUGGAUAUGGAUGAAUCUAGAGUCACCAUCUCACUCCUCUCAGCUGCCCGGUAUCGAAAACCUGUUCAAUUUAACUCUGAACUAUCGCCAGGAUGCUGAUAUCGAAGUGCCUUAUGGGUCGAUCGUGACGGCCCAAGGGGACGAGGAUUUCGUGCCUCCGAGCAAAAGCAAAUUGAUCUGCUGGAUUGUCAGCAACUGGAACCCGGAUCAUGUGCGAGUGAAGUACUACAACGAGCUAUACAAACACAUUGAGGUUCGCGCUUACGGACAAGCCUUUGGGGAGUACAUUGCGGAUCAAGACUACUUUCCUACCAUCGCCAGUUGUAAAUUCUACUUGGCAUUUGAGAACUCAAUUCACAAAGACUACAUCACAGAGAAACUGUAUAACCCACUCUCUGUAGGGACGGUGCCUGUGGUUUUAGGCCCGCCAAGACAGAACUAUGAGAACUUUGUCCAGGGGGAUGCUUUUAUCCAUGUGGAUGACUUCACCUCUCCCAAAGAGUUAGCUGACUAUCUCCUGCUCUUGGACAAAAAUGAGGAAAUGUACCUCAGGUACUUUGAGUGGCGACGGCACUUUAAGGUGAAAAAGGCAUACUUCUGGGCCGAACACACAUGCCUCGCUUGUGAUUAUCUCAGAAGGCACAAAGAGUACAAGGCAUUCAAUAACCUCGAUAAAUGGUAUUGGGGUGGAACGCCUUGAAGUCCCAAGAAAUUGUUGUUUUGCUGUUGGAGGCAUUGCUUGAAAAAUAUCUUCAACAUGUUUUUCUCAGUGGUUACAGGGGCCCAAAUUAGCCAUUCCCUUUUUUUAUUUUGUUACCAGCCAGAUUUGCUCAGCCUUACUUUGUCUAUUGCAUUUUCAUUCAAUCAUGUAUUUAUGUUGUAGUCAUUUGCAAUGCAUUUAAUAUUUGUUUUAUAAAAUAACACUUUUAUAUUUAAUCUCUGAACGUGACCACAUUUGCUGCUAUGUGUUUUUUUAUGAUGUACUGUAACUUGGGAAUCAAGCUGACAUGCCACAUCUUUCAUCUGGCAGUAUACACAAUAUUGUGGUGUUGUAAUUGUAACUAGUAUUUUUUUUCUGUGGAAUGUUCAUGUUGAAUUUGUUGUCCUCAGGGCACUAUUGAAAAUGAGUCACUGGUCUCAAUGGGCUCCGAAGAUGAAAUGAAAGUUAAAUAAAUACAAAAAAAAAAAAUAUUCAGUAAGUAAUUGAAGAAAUAGUUGUUUCAAUUAAAACAUUUAUGUACUAUUUAUUGAAUUGCGACAUUGUAUGAUAAAAUACCAUCUAAAAUUCGUGAUACAGUCAUCUAUGCAGUGUUUACCGAACUUCAAAUGUAAAAGUAGUUCAGUUUUGUUAUCUACUGUAUAUUGUACAUGUGUGUGUUUUUGAGAAAUCACCCUCAAUUUAUUUUUGCAAGGUUGCAUUUGCAAAACAAAUGGAUAGUCAUCUUUGAUCAUGUAUGUACAGUAACACAUUGUAGAAAGAAGGAAAGAUAACAAAAAAAUACUGACAAAGUGUGUCAGGGGAGAAUAGUGAACUUAUUAUGCUAAUAGUGGUUUCUUAGUGGGCAUUAUCACAUUAAAUGCAUUGCAGUUCUUUAAAAUGCCCCAAGCUCAGUUUUCAUAGAAUGCUGUGUAAAUGCUAAUUUUGUAAACAUUUUCUCCACUGAACAAUGCAUCUAAACAGCUCUCAGCAUGAUGGUUGAAUCGGUAACACUUUAUUUGAACUGUACAUAAUAAGAGUCAUAAUAUAACAAACAUUUCUGAAGUAGUUAUAACAAGUGUUAUGACAACAGUUAAUGUCACUUGCAAUUUUUUGUUGUUGACACCUAUCAAGACUACAUAAAUGUUUCAUAACCAUGAGAAAUGUCGUGACACUUUUUUCCUAAAGGGUAACACUACCUUAAUGAAGUAAACUAUUCACAAUUUCAUUAGUUUAAUAUUGUCAUAACAUUAUCCUACCAGCCACUAACCUUUUAUUACAUUUUUUCUAUAAUCUAUGAUAUUGGCCACUUAGCACCAUUUAGCACUUUCAUCAAGUCUAAGCACUUCACAUUUCCAGUAAAAGCUCUCUGACCUCAUCCACCUGCAAUGUGUAACACCCAUCUGGAUCAUGCACAGCAGCAGUGGAGAGAUAAGAUGUGAAUGUGCCAAUUGGAAUUAGGGUAUGAUUAGGUGCUAGGAUAUAACGCGGAUUAAUGAUUACCUUACAUAAUUAUGUCAUAAUUCACCAAAAUAAACAUAAGGAGUGUCAUUUUAUUUGAUUUUUUACUCUUCUGUUUAUAACACAAUGCCAGGUUACCUACACUACAGCUAACCAUUUUAGCCUUGAUGUGUAAGUGACAAACUUAUGUUAAUAAUACCUGUCAGUAUGUCAUGUUUACGACAAUAUUAUGAUGCUGGUAUGUUGUAGCUACAGUUCAAAUACAGUGUAGGGACACUUUCUUUGAAGGUUGAAUACAUGAAGCAUUCUUAUCAGCAUAUAUAAACUAUUCAUAACACACCCAUGAAAUCAGUAACAUCAAAAACCUUAAGAAUACAUUCAAUAAGCAUACAGUAUUAUUUUUUGUUAUUAGUGACGUUAUUGAAUUGUUUAAAUGUGAAAAUAAAAGUCCUAUGAACCGACAGAUUUUGGGCAGAACAAAAAAACGAUUUAUUCCCUUUAUGUUACUUUAUUGGUUCUGAAAUACUGUUUAUUUUUGUACUAUUUCCAUUUUGUGUAUCACUAUGCAUGUUGUGUUAUCAUUGAUACUUUUAGUUUACUUUUAAAUUAAUUUCCAAAAUGUAUAGCCAGAUAGAUUCACACAAUCUAUAGAUUGUAUGAAAACUUGUCACAAUGACCAUCAAAGAUAUGAACCACAGAGUUACAGACUGACCGGUCAACCGAAUGGGCAAUAUAACUUCUGUAGACUACAUUUAAAUUUUAUUUUAUUUUAUUUAACCUUUAUUUAAAUCAAACAUAACUGUUGCUUACAUGUUCUAAAAAUACAUCAGAUAUUUAUAGUAUCUGGCUAUAUGGUUGGAAAACACAUGUAACAUGCAAUCAAUGUUAAUUAAGGUAAUAAUAAUAAAUGUUUGAGAAGGUGAAUUUAAAAGUUAAGGACAUUUCAGUGUUCCGAACUACCUCCAUUCCUGACAUUUUCGUAUCUCUGUGUUCCUACUGUAGAUGCUUUAUGAAUGAAUACACUAUGAAGGUCUUUAUAAAUGUUACUUACACCUUCAUGGAUGUGUUAUGAAUUUGUAUUAUUAUGUUGUUGUGAAUGCUUUAUGUAUCAGUAACGAACAUCCCUGUGCUUGCCUAGCUGUGCCACUUCCACCUGCUCCUGCACACCCCGAGACCAUAACCUUGGACCUCUGCCUUGCAAACACACGUGCUCGAUUCAGUCCGUAUUGCGGAGGAGCCGCGGUAUAGAGCGAUUGAAAUUUAAAGGUAAUUUUCCGAUUGAGGUAACAUAUCUGUCGUGAAUGCAAUCUCCGUAAACACGGGAACAUUGCAUUUAAAUUAUAAUCGCACUAUUACCGGGGAUAUUCCGCUAUACAGAUUGAAUCAAAACCUUUGUUUAACCAAUUCAAUUCGGUUAUAUAUGUAACCUUCAAAGAAAGUAACCUAAAUAGUUGCUGUUGAAUCUUAACGCAAAACGUAUGUAAGACUUUCAAAAUAUAUUUUAUGCAAGAUUAGUUUGUACCUGGUGAAAAUACUCAACUUUCAGGUUGUUUUCAUUUUGUUGUAUUUACUGUGAGUGGGACCAUUAGUGUAAAGAGGAUGAUUAUAAAUAUUUGUUAUAUAGACAAUAAAAAAAACAAUCAGUCUAUGUGUAUAAACUGAAAGGUUAUUUUAAUAAGGUGGUGUAAGGGACAAGGACACAACAUAAAGCAUGUCGUCCGUGUGCAGCGGGCAGCCGCCCUAUAGCCUCUGACCACAGAACAUCGGCUGUCAUUUUCUUUCCAAACGAUUCUUCAUGUUGAAACGUCAACUUUCGUUGACACCCAGAAGAUCUACUGCACACGACUGAUGUUCGUAAUGAUGUGUCCCAUCCUCAAAACUAGUCCACUGACAUGUAGACGAGCAGAAUUCUUUUUAAAAACACCCCACAGCUCUACCAUUAAUUAAAUAACGUAGAAAGAUUUUAGAAAGCAGUUCAACAGUCUUGAUUGAAUGGAAUUCUUUCUCCCACUGUUCCAGGCUGUGAUUGGUUGAUACUGCCCGGGACAUAGCCUAGUUCCAAAUACUGAAUCAGACCAGCACCAGCGGUGCAUUAUAGCCUGCUGCCAGUCAAGGGAGAGCUGCACAGACCAUAGCUAAAUCAAUCAGUCUACCUACCGUAGAUAAUAUUGUGGGCAGCUGUAGUAUCUAGGCUAACCUUGGUUGGACUGUAUUUAUACUCACACUAAAUUAGCUAGCUACUAAUGGACUAGCUAAGCUUUGAUAACAAAUUGCUAACACAAAUUUUCACCAGCUAUUAAUGCACAAAGUGAGUAGUGUCCUGUGAGUAGACCAACUCUGCUUUGACAACAACAGCUAGCUAGUUGAUUAAUUUGCUGAGGUAGGUAAUAAUACCUAUAUUGCUAGUCUAAAAAACAGCAGCACAUAGCCUAUUAGGGUCAGCAAACCAUACAUUUUUUACAGCCACAGCCAAAGAUUUUAGCUAAUAAAAAGCUUGCCUUCAGCUCAGCCACUGGCAUUGUCUUACUUUGAUCUUCUGGCUAUGUCAACUAAUCCUAUUCUCAAAUUAUGAAAUAAAAUGCAUUCAAUCAAGACUGUCAAAUGGCAUUCAUUAUCUUUUGAAUAAUGUGUAUAUAUUUUUAAUGUUUCAGUCUCGUUUUAACUUUCAAGUGUUGCCAGCUUUGAAUAAUGAUUUGUGCUUCAAAGCAGCUUUAUGAAUGAGGAGUAAAGAAAAGAGACACUUAUACCGGAGAGCCAGCGUUGAAGACAACAGUAAUACUGUUUUGGAAAGGCCGUUUUUCUUCAAGUGAGGCAAUUAUACAAAAGAGAAUGCAGACAGUUUUUCUUUUAUCCUGUUGACAUGACCUAAUUUCAACCCUCCUGUUGACAUUUUGCAGCGAUAUAUCUUUUAUUCACGCAUAAAUGUAUGACUCAUUGGCUGUCUCAAAUUGAGCUAUUGUGAGUUCAUGAACUGUCCCAGAAUAUGACUAUGAAACUUCCAGGUAUGGUUUCAUAUUGUACAGUUUCACUUCGUGUAUGAAACAGAGGUUUCUUGUUAAGUGUGAUCUGUUGCAACAGGUUUGUUCUCUUGUUGUCUGAACUUUCUUUGUUCUUUGCACAAACAUGUCAAUUCUUUUUUCUGUGAGUAAGUACAUUAGGAGAGUGGCUUAGGAUGUGUUUUUUAUUCGAGUUGGUGCAAAGUUGAUGUCCAUGUCCAUUAUCUCGGCAUGAAGUGCAUUCUUCAUGUUUUGCUGAAUCUUAAUUGGGCAAUGACGUUUCUGCCAGUUUACUGAAAGAGAUCUUGAAUCGAUCAUUGUAAGGUUUUUGCCAAAUCAUUGUAUGUUGCCAAUGUGUAUAACUGUAGAUGUCUGGUAUUGUCAAGAAAAUAAAGACAUUUAUAAAAGAG